UUGUUGUCAGUAACUCCCGCCGUGACAUAGGCACAAACUAUUACUGUCGACAAAAUCUGCCAACUCGGAUUUCUGGCAUUAAAACACCGUACAGAAGCCUUGGCAGCGUCCAAAAAAUUACAAAUCAUCGACAUGACUGUAGCCGCAAGCACUAGCAGCCAACUACCGAGCUCCGUUAAGCCUCAGCCUAGGGUGUCAAAUUUCAAUGACUCUUCAGAUGAGGACGAAGCUGAAUCCACACCUAAAGCCGAAAAAAAGAAGAAGAAGGUCAACAAUCUCGAUGUCAAUGGGGUAUAUUCACCGAAAAGCCCAAAGAAGCGAAAGAUUGGCCAGGCGAAUGGAGAUUUGGGCAAGGGGAAGAAGGACGGCGCUGAAGCAAGAAGAAGGGAAGCAGAAAGACUAUUGGUGAAGCGUAAGGAACUCCCAUUUUACCAAGGGAGACGGAUGAUCUUGGAAGAAAUCAUGGCAAAUGAUACUACAAUCAUCCUAGGCGAAACGGGUUGUGGUAAAUCCACCCAACUUCCGCAGCUUCUGCGCACCCACCCUGUCUCUGUCAACCAUUUCUCGCCGUCUUCAUCAAAUCGUUUCCGAGGACCAUCCAUUGCCAUUACCCAACCUCGACGCUUGCCGGCUAUAGCAUUGGCCAACAGAGUAUCCCAGGAGAUGGGCUGUCAAAUAGGGGGAGAAGUAGGGUACAGUGUGAGGUUUGAGGAUGUCACAAGUCGAGAGACUCGGGUGCGGUACUUGACGGAAGGUGUGUUGAUGAGGGAGUUGGCUGGGUCGGACCCCAAGAUUUGCCCUCCCGAAAAAGGAGCCAAUGGGACGGCGAACGGAGAAGAUGAAAAUGACUCCCACAUGUCUGAGGGACAAGGUCUUAACCUUCUACUCAACUACGACGUCGUCAUAAUCGAUGAAGCUCAUGAACGUACACUCAAUACUGACUUCCUCUGUGGUGCUUUGAAGAGGGUUCAGCGGAUACGUAAAGACAUUGCUCGCCGGCAAGCCGAAGAAGAAUUCCAAGGGAAGGAGAAGAUACCAGGCAAGAAAAAGGUCAAGGAGUUGAAGCUAGUGAUCAUGAGUGCGACUCUUGAUCCUACCAAGUUCAAGACAUUCUUCGGAACUGGCCGAGAUGCGCUCUUAGUCAAAGGCCGAAUGUAUGAAGUGGCUACACAGCACGUAUUGGAGCCUGUAGACGAUUUUAUCGAAGCAGCUGCUCGACAAGUCAUGACAAUACAUUGUUCUCCCGAUAGUCCUGGUGACGUGCUGGUCUUCAUGCCGGGCUCUGAGGAGAUUGAGAAUUGCGUAGAGCUUCUUAAAAGAGUUUCCAAGCAGCUUGCUCCUGGAUCUCCCGCUCUUCAGGUUCUUCCCCUUUACGCCGCUUUGCCCCCCACUGCCCAAUCCAAGAUCUUCAUUCCCACACCAGACAACACCAGACGUGUCAUCGUAGCGACCAAUAUUGCCGAGACAUCUAUGACCAUACCGGGUGUGGCGUUUGUGGUUGACAGCGGUUUUAAGAAGGAAAAAGAAUAUGUGUUUAGGAAUGCUGGGGCUUUGGAACACUUGAGAAAGAAAGGAAUCAGUAAAGCGUCAGCGUGGCAGAGGACUGGUCGAGCGGGACGAGAAAGAGCGGGACAUUGUUAUCGUCUUUUCACCCAGGAUUUCUUCGACAAGAUGCCUGAAUUCGACGCCCCCGAGAUUCAAAGAUGUAACCUUUCAUCGGCUGUUUUGCAACUCAUAGCGAUGGGACAAAACCCCUUUGAAUUUGAGUACAUUGAUAACCCCGGUCGUGAUUCAAUCCUUGCGGCAUUCCAAGAGCUUGUCGGUCUCUCCGCUCUUUCUUCUCCCACAACCAUUACGCCCCUCGGCCUCCAAAUGCUCCGAUUUCCUCUCGAUCCUCCUCACGCUCGUAUCCUCCUUGCUGCCUUUGAGUAUGGAUGUGCCAACGAAAUCAUUGACAUCAUCUCCCUUGUGAAUGCUGGCGGUAAUGUAUUCAUCGACCGACCUAACGAUAGGGAAGAAGCUGCUCAGGCGCGACAAAAGUUUAUUCAUCGCGAAGGCGAUCAUUUGACGAUGAUGAACGUUUUCAGGGCGUACACUGAGUUGAAGGAAUCCAAGUCUUCUUCUCACAGCAACUCUUCCUCGCAGAGUUUGGUUGGCUGGUGCAAGGACAAUCAUGUCAACUCAAAAACCCUCGCUCAGGCACUCAAGGUUCGCGAACAGCUUCGAGAGUUGUCUGAGAGGCUAGGAAAGGAUUGGAAGGCGAGUUGUGGGAGUGAAUGGGGGAUGGUUGGGAGGUCUUUGCUGCAGGGUUUGUUCAUGAACACGGCGGUAAUCCAAGCCGAUGGCAGCUACAGACAGACGGCCGGUAGCUUGACCGUCAAGAUCCACCCUUCAAGUGUAUUGAUGAGCAAAAAAGUACCUGCAAUCUUGUAUGAUGAACUCACCAUCACCACCGCGUUUUACGCUCGAAACGUCUCUGCUUUUGAACAACAUUGGCUUACAGAGGUACCAUGGUUCGCGAAAGCUGGUACUAGUGUAGCUGCGCCCGUCGGAAAGGGUAAUUUAUAAUAUUCAGCACGAGAGAAAAGAUGGGGUUUUUUGGGUAAACUGGUCAAUAGCAUAAUUUGUUACACAACUGCAAAUUUAUCUUGGGUUAAAUGCAUAUUUGGCAUACAAUGAACAGAGAUAUCUCAAUACAUGCAUUUGCCUAAUAC